AUGGCCUUGAUAUUAGAAGAUGAAGAUUUUCAUGAUAUGAACUUCUUAUUGGAAAACCAUUCAUGGGAUCCCUCCAAUUCUUCUGCUAACUGGCGUGAAAGUAAAGAAAACACCAACUCAAAAAACCAGAAGAAUGAAAAGGAUGAAGCUCUCAUGAACAAGAACGCAAUUCGAGACCCGAGCAAUGUUGCUGCCAGUGGUGAAGGAAAAGGUGAAAAGAGUCGCGAAUCUGAUGAACAUGAAAUGCAUAUAUGGACUGAGAGAGAAAGGAGAAAAAGAAUGAAAAACAUGUUCAGUAGUCUUCAUGCUAUGCUUCCCCAUCUUCCUUCUAAGGUGGAUAAAUCAACGGUUGUGGAUGAAGCGGUGAGCUACAUAAAAAAUCUUCAGGAAACCGUGGAAAAGCUAGAGAAACAGAAACAAGAAAGGGUUCAAUAUAGCACCGCGUUUGGGUAUAAGUCAUCAUCAUCAACGUUCGUCACUGCUCAGGGAUUUUCUUCCAAUAACAACUUUUCCAACGCGAUGAUGGGAGCUUCUUCAAACGCGCUUCCAGUAAGUUUUGAUAAAACGUGGACCUCUUCAAACAUGGUCUUGAGUGUUUGUGGAGAUGAGGCCCAAUUCUGCGUCUGUGCGGCCCACAAGCCCGGGCUCAUGUCCAGCAUAGCUUUUGUGCUCGAGAAGUACGAGAUAGAGCUCGUAUCUGCCAACAUUUCUUGCAUUGGGAAUGGAAAUGCAAUCAUGAUUCAAGUUCAUGGGAAACGAGCUUCACAUCAGUUUCUAAAUGCAAAUUCAGUGGAAGAAAUUUACAGGCAAGCUGCGGGAGAGAUUAUGCUUUGGAUCGCUUAA